CCGCCUCCGCGUGACAUUCUCAAUUUUUUCGGCCCAAUCCGCCAUUACAUUUUGGAGUUUGCGUAAAUUGGUCGUUGUCGUCCGCGAGGAUCGCAUCACCGCGCAUUUUAUCAGUGACGUUUUUCGUGUCCGUGCGUAGUAUCGCAGCGUUUUGUGGAACAAAGAGACUGUACGUUCAAUCGUAUGUCCAUCCAGAAUCUCAACACAUUCGACCCAUUCGCCGAUGCUAUCAAAAGCUCGGAAGACGACGUGCAAGAUGGCUUAGUCCACGUCCGGAUCCAGCAGCGGAACGGGCGCAAGACGCUGACCACGGUGCAAGGGCUGUCGUCGGAAUAUGACUUGAAGAAGAUCGUGCGGGCAUGCAAGAAGGAGUUCGCGUGCAACGGGACUGUGGUGGAACACCCCGAGUACGGCGAGGUGCUGCAACUACAGGGCGACCAGCGCGAGAACAUUUGCCAGUGGCUCACCAAGUCGGGGCUGGUGAAGCCUGAGCAGCUCAAGGUGCACGGCUUCUAAACAUGUUAACUCACUGAAGCCAUCAUAGUCUACAUUAUAUUAUGAAAGCGUGCGCGUUAUAACCCUAACAAUAUGUAUAUAGAAAGCACAGAUGUCUACAGAGAAUGUCGCGCGAGCCCUGCCGCGCCCUGUGCCUUGCUCCCAUGUAAAAAUAUAUUCAAUCUCCAAUCUUUAGUUGCAAUUAUCCAAACGAAAUAGAUAUACUUUUUUUUACGACAUAAUUUUUAAAUUGCUGUAUUGAUUAUAUGAUGUCUCAAUUAUUAAUAAACAUGUUUUUGUA